AUGGAUAGUCGUGCGGCGGAACUUAUCCUCAGAGAACCGGACAUUUUUGCAUCCGUUCAGCUGGAAAAUGGCUUGAGUAAAUCCCAAAACAUCCAAUUGAUUAACAACUCAUUCGUUCUGGAAAUGUUCUUCAGAAUAACGCAGCUUUAUCACUUCAAGAACUUUAUUUUCUACAUAUCCGAGAGAUUGGAUCUGAAGAACAAGGACUCCCAGGAGUUCUUCCACGACUUCUGGACCUAUUUUCCACUGGCGCCCAACUUGAUAAUAACCCGGGAGCAUCAUGCGGCUAUACCGAUGAUGCAGUUCAUCAGCACGCCAUCGCUAGUGAUGAUCUUCACCACGGGUAAAGACGAUCCCAUCAUGGAGCUGGCUGCUCAAAGUCUGCAUGGAAUUCGUUGGCUCAAGACGAUAUUUAUUCUCUUUCCAAGCUUCGAGUAUCGUGAAUUCGACUCGAGUCGGGAGUCAUGUGCCCACUUCACGGCCGAAAUCAAGGACAUCUUCGACUGGGUGUGGAGCAAGCAGUUUAUCAACACUUUGUUGGUCACGAUUAAGGACAACGUCUUCGUGCUGGAUCCCUAUCCAACACCCUCGGUUGUUAACAAUACGGGUGUAUGGAGGGCCGAGGAUUUCUUCCAAAACUAUGCGAAAAACAUGAAGGGCUAUGUGGUGAGGACGCCCAUUUUGUACGAUCUUCCUCGGGUCUUCAAAUCGGACCGAGCCACCAACACGUUCGAGAAGAACUUCGUGCACGGAACUAGCGGAAAUUUAUUUCUGGGAUUCCUUGAGUUCGUCAAUGCCACGCUGUUGGACACCAGCGCAAAUAUAACUAUGGACUAUUUGAACAUGACGGACAUGCUGGAUUUGGUGUCUAAGGGAGUGUACGAGACGCUAAUCCACUCCUUCACCGAAAUAACCACCAAGUACGUGGUCAGCUAUAGCUAUCCCAUCGGCAUAAACGACUGUUGCAUCAUGGUGCCCUAUCGAAAUCAGUCGCCUGCGGAUCAGUACAUGCGGGAGGCCCUCCAGGAAAAUGUGUGGAUACUGAUUAUCCUAUUUACACUCUACAUAGCUCUGGCCAUCUGGUUGUGUUCGCCUCUGAGACCUCGUGACUUUAGCGCCGCAUUCCUGCAGUCCAUCUGCACUUUAACCUACAGUGCGCCCACCUUCAUCCUUCGCACGCCCACGCUGCGUAUGCGUUAUCUGUACGUUGUGCUGGCGAUCAUGGGAAUAGUCACCUCGAACAUGUACAUUUCCCGGAUGACCAGCUAUUUCACUACUGCCCCACCGUCGCGACAAGUGAACACAGUGCAGGAUGUGGUUGAGGCCAAUCUGAAGAUCAAAAUGCUAGCAGUCGAGCACGAAAGGAUGGCCAAAUCUGCAUUGCAAUAUCCAGCCAACUUUAUGCGCCAGGUGGAUUUGGUGGACAAGCGCAUGUUGGACCUGCAUCGAGAGCCAUUCAACACCUCCUUUGGCUACACGGUGAGCAGCGACCGUUGGCGAUUUAUGAACAUGCAGCAACUGCAUCUCCGGAAGCCCAUCUUUCGGUUAACGGACAUCUGCGAGGGUCCCUUCUACCACGUCUUUCCCAUGCACCUCGACUCCCACCUGCGCUCCCCGAUGACCGAGUACAUCAUGAUUGCCCAGCAGGCGGGCCUGAUGAACCACUGGAAGAGGGAGGCCUUUUGGGAAGCCGUGCACCUGCACCGUAUCCAAGUGCAUCUGAUCGACGAGGAGCCGAUGGCCCUUAGCCUGAGUUUCUUCUCUAGCCUUUUUCGAACGUGGACCUUUGGUCUAGUGCUUUCCGGCAUCGCUUUUGCGGCGGAGAUGAAGUGGUACGAGUAUGUUACUAUUAGGCGUCGUCCAGUUAUAGGACUUACACGCAAGCCCAGAUCGUUUCUCAGGCGAUUCAUGAAGUUGUGA